AUGUUUCAGGAUGUGAAUGUCAACAACAAACUCGUUGUUUUGGUGAAGGAGUUGGAGGCGAAGAGUCAGGCGGUAGUCGUGGCGGACGGCGCGGUAGGGGUCGGUUCGGUAGUAACGGUGGGGGCUUUGGUGGCCCUAACUUUGGCGGCGCGGCUAACGGUGGGGUCCGUCCUAUUGGUGGUCAACAGCCGG